UCCAGUUUGCAGGGCUGUCUACUGUGGGGCACUCGAGUGGUCAUCCCGACCUUACUGCGUACCCGAGUCCUGGAGGCGUUGCACGAGGGACACCCUGGCAUCGUGAGAAUGAAGGCAUUAGCACGCAGCUACGUAUGGUGGCCGGGCCUCGACGAGGACAUCGCUAGAUGGGUAAGCUCCUGCAACCCCUGCCAGGAAUCCCGUCCAGCUCCUCCUAUUGCCACCCCUACUAAAUGGGAGAGCGCCAGCACUCCGUGGUCCAGAAUUCACAUCGACCUGGCCGGCCCUUUGCAUGGGAAGAUGUUCCUAGUGGUCGUGGACGCAUAUUCUAAAUGGAUUGACGUAGCUCAGCUAUCCACGACCACCAACGUAUUAACACGCUUGUUUGUUACACACGGGCUACCCGACUCCAUUGUCUCCGACAAUGGCCCACAGUUCACAUCAACCGAGUUCAGCCAUUUCGCUGCCAACCUGGGUAUCCGCCACAUUUUCACAGCCCCAUUUCAUCCUGCCAGUAACGGAUUGGCUGAAAGGGCCGUCAGGACCACUAAAGAAGGAACAAAUGAAGAUUGA